UCAGCUGUUAGUUCUUAUCGUUCGUUCGCGAUGGAAACAUCUCUUCCAAUCACCGUUUUCCUUCAUGUGCUGAUUACAGGAGCCCAAGCCAAACCCACUGGAGGUUCAUGUACUUUAACCGAUAAAGACAUUUCCGACAUCAAAAGUGCCGUCCAAAAGGCGUCCAAGGCAGCCGUAGACGAUAUCGAGCUAGAUCCAAACCUAAUCGACAAAUGUCCAAUGUUGGCAAAUCAGGUCGAUCAGCUGAAGCAGAACUUCGAGGAGCAGCUCAACCAAAUCGUGAAGAGUCGCGACAUCUUCGAGAAACAAUCCGGUACGGAGGCGACGAAGGAGCAUGGCGAGAUGCUGGAGCGGAUGACGGCGCUCCAGGUCAAGGUCACCGAGCUGGAACAGCAGAUCGCCAAACAGACGGCGAGCAUGUACGAGGACAUGGCCGAGCUGAUAUUCCAGCGGCUGCAGAUGAACAGUACCGAAAGCGUCCGAAGCUACACCAAGCACAUGAUGGAGGAGAAGUUGGAGGAGUUGAUGAACAAACUGGAGACGAACUACCGGAUCUACUUGGGGGCGUUGCGGUUCCUGAAUCACAUGAAUGAUCAGGAACUGAUCGGUAAGGUAUUCGCUGGGAUUCUGAAGCGGCUGGGAGAUAUGAAGGUGGACAGUGAUGACAUCAAGGAGAACGGCAGGAACCUGCUGGUGAAUCUUCUUUGCUGGACGGUGAACAACGAAUUUUUGAGAAAGAAAUAUAAGGAGAGACGAGUCGAUCUGUACAGGAUGGCGCUCAAAUUUUACCCAAAAACGUAUGAAAGGGCAGCGAAUGAGGCGGAUGUUCGCAGCCGGCAGUUUUGCGAGGAAAAUUUUCCGGCCGAUUUGAUAACGUGGUUUGCCGUGUCGUGGAAUGAUAGGGGUUGAAAUUUCUGACCCGAAUUUUAAAGAAGCAAUAAAAUCUAUGUUUCUUAUUUCUUGCAUAUUUUUAUGGAUGAUUAAAUGUCGAUAGAGUUAGACAAAUGCAGUCUACUAAUACUA